GCAGGAGCAGUGAGGCUUGGAGCCCGCCAGCCAGUGUCUCCGGCGCCAGCUACGCCGCUGUGGCUGUCACUAUGGCCCAUUACAAAGCCGCCGACUCGAAGCGCGAGCAGUUCCGGAGGUACUUGGAGAAGUCGGGGGUGCUGGACACGCUGACGAAAGUGUUGGUAGCCUUAUAUGAAGAACCAGAGAAGCCCACCAGUGCUCUGGACUUUUUAAAGCAUCACUUAGGAGCUGCCACCCCGGAGAACCCAGAAAUAGAGCUGCUUCGCCUAGAAUUGGCAGAAAUGAAAGAGAAAUAUGAAGCUACUGUAGAAGAAAAUAAAAAACUGAAAGCAAAGCUUGUUCAGUAUGAACCACCUCAGGAGGAGAAGCGUGCUGAAUAGGAUUCUUCUCAGUUGAAAAGACACUGAAAACUGGUUUUGUAUCACUUGAAUAGCUUGUAUAGUAUAUGAUCUUUCCUGAAAAGAUGCUAUAAACUUUUAAUAUGUUAAAUUCACUCAUCACACUUUAAUGUUAUAAACACAUAUACAUAGAAUCACCAAUAAAAACUCAAUAUAACUUUCUUUGGGUCUUAAAGCAGGAGAAUCCAAAGUAGAUCGUGAAGAAAAGCUAAAGAGCCACCUAACUUUUCACCCUGACAGCAUUUUAUUUAUUACUCAGUUAGGAAUAAUGGUACUGGUUGUAUUUUAGCUAGAAGAUUUAGCAGGGAGCUAUUCCUUGGUCCAGGACUUGAGCAUAGUAGGCACACUCAUUCUUGACAGCGUAUAUUUCCUGGAGACAGCUGGACAUAUCUGUGAUGUACAAUGCUUUUGCAUGGGUUCCCAUGCACUUCUGCUCUUUUAUAGAAAUCGAGAACAAACAGCUCUUCUUUGCCACCACUUUGCCUUAGACAACUGUGCGUGCCAGUGUGAACGCUGACACCACGUUUUCCUUCUAUGCAAUCAUGCCUAUCUGAUAAUGCUGCCUUGCUGUGUGUGCUUUAGUGUGUUCUGGUUGCACAUUAGUCUGGGUCAUUUUCAGUUUGUGUAAUGCUGCAGCUACCUUUGAUUGUAAUUUACAUGCUUCCCACAGGACUACACUCUUACCCUGCCUUCCUUCCUUCCUUCCUUCCUUCCUUCCUUCCUUCCUUCCUUCCUUAGUUGAGCACAGAAGAGAGAUAAAAGUCUGGGUUCAUACACAAACUGGGAUGGGAAAGGAGAUGAACUGUCUAUGUCACAGAUAAUUAUAAUAAGUAAUUAUAUAGUGAUUUCUUUCCCUUCAAACAUUUUUUUGAGCCUUGAAUUCACUUUAUCUUUAUUAUCCCUGUGAAGUAGGUAGGGCAGGUAAAGGGAAGGUUGGGUGUUGAAUUUUUAGGCCAAAGACUGACACACAGAUUUGUUGCUAACUGUAGAAACCUGAGUAGGUCAGUUAAUGGUUUGGAGACCCCCAUCCUCAUCUGUACCAUGAAAACAUUUGCUGCCUACCUCACAGGGUUGUUGUGAGGUCAAAUGAGAGAAUGUAUAUGAAAGAUUUGUAAAUGGUAAAGUACUUGUUUUGUUAA